CACACAAAGCAGGAAGUUUUAAGCGGGUUUGAUUAAUCAAAACUGAUAUAAUCCCUGUUAUUGUUAUUGUGAUAUACCUGCACUUGCAUAACAUUCCACUAACGUCAAUGGAUGUCGUGGAGUUUCCAGAGGUAGUAGAACUGAAUGUUGGUGGCAAGUUACUUACAACGCUGCUUAGUACAUUGAGAAAAGAAGAAAAUAGUAUGUUGGCCGCCAUGUUUAGCGGACGUCAUCAGAUUUCAAGGGACAGACAUGGGCGAUAUUUCAUCGACUAUGACGGCAAUGUCUUUGAAAAUAUUUUGAAUUAUCUACGGCAUGGCUCAAUUCCACCUAAAGAAAGGGCGUUAGAGGUCUUCGAAUGUGCAGCAUAUUUUGGUAUAGAAUCUCUGGGCGAAAGUCUUAUGAUGUAUCAGAAUGUUCUGUACCGGAAAAGGAUCACAUAUUUGAAAGAGAAACUAGACAAAGAACAGUUCAGAAAGCUGAAACAAUAUGCUGUAACAUAUUUCAACAAAAACUUUCACCCUUCAGAAGACAAACAUUUUGCAUUUACCUCUACAAACAAUUGUGCGUAUUUUGAAGAAAGAGAUGGGGAAAGAUAUUUGCAUCAUAAUCAAAUUCCACCUACUUGCAUACUAUUUGGUACAGGCAUCAAAAAUGUAGCAUGGUAUAAAGACGAAGUACACGAAGAAUUAACGAGGUGUCUGACACAUGACCUGUGCGAACUAGGUUUCGGAACGUUUUGUUAUUAUGGCUUUUCCCUUCGACUGCAGUGCAAAUGGUGCGGAAAUAGCGUUUGUCAUGCAAUAGUUCUACGAAAUAAACCAUGGAAAGACCGGGCUGCACAUUGGAAAAUGCCAUGAAAAGUUCACAUCGAGCAUGCGUUCGUUUCUAGCAUUUUAUGUGCUUUCAAAUAGAGUAUACUAUGAAAAGGUGUAAACUUGUAACGUUUUCUCACAAUUUGUUUUAUGUGUGUGGAAAAAAAUCAUAGUGGAUUAUUUAGGAUCUUUCGAUAUAGGACAUUUCCUUAUAAAUGAUAUAUAUCGUAUCGACCAGUCUUACUAUUUCUAUGAAAUGCAAAACAGUGUUAGGAAUGUCUGAUUAGGUUUACAUCAUACCCUUUUGACUUAUAGUAGUAGCUAGUUAUCUAUCAUCCAAGGAUUGCGCAUAUGUAUAAUGUAAAAUGAUGUGUUAAUGGUGCGUGAUCGUAAGAAUCUCUCUGUAAAAACAUCCAUUCUCUUCUGUUACAUCACACCUCUAAAACUACAAACUAUAUUAGCUAAAACACAUAGACACAUAGAUAAGUCAACGAUAAUAAUUGGUGAAUUAAAUAUAUUCUAAAGCGAAAAAUCGUGUUUGAUUAUUUAAAAAAAAACAAACAGCAAUAUUGACAUCGCGUCACUGGUGUCAUACAGCAUAGAGUCUCUGGGCGAAAAUCUUAAGAUGUAUUAAAAUGUUCUGUACCGGUUAAGGAUCACAGAUUUGAAAGAGAAACGAGAAUGAUAAAAACGUUAUGACAGUUAAGUCAUAUUCUUUUCCUUUAUUGGUUUUUAUCUUUUUACAAGAACUACAUAGAAAGAUUGUUUUGUUGUACAAGUUGAUUAACAAGAUAGUCAUGAUAGCAUUGAGGCUUCCACCUGAUCGGGACGGAUUGUUAUAUCUCGCACAGAGUUUAAUUUGUUCUAAAAUUAUGUUUGGCUAGUUUCGACCUACUUAGUGGUUUGAAAACUGUCCUAUACUUAGACAAAAGACAAACAAUCUGAGUGUGCAGGUUUCAUUUAAUCAGAUAAAAUGUAUCGCUUGAGUUAAGUUUAGUCUACGAUUUGACCUUUUGAUAGAGAAUAUUUCUAUAUUUUUUCAAUGGCGAUAUGUCCUUGUGUAUAGCAAAAUAUCAGGUUCCUUGCUGAAUUAAAAAUAAUAACUGCAGGGACAAG